GCUCAGGCAUUGCCAACUGAGAAGGCAACAGAGUAAAGGCAUUAGAUCAAUGAAGUCCCACACGAUUGCAGACCUUGCUGUCUUGAUUCAGGGACUAACAUGCACCUUGCUGAGGAGCUGAUGUUACCCACCUAGGAAUAGAACCACGACCUGACUCCCGACAUUCCCAGGAUGCUGGGAAUCUGCAGAGGACGCAGGAAGUUCCUCGCAGCCACCCUGACCGUUCUCUUCGUGCCAGCGUUUACCUGGAUUUACCUCUUCUCGGGGACAUUCAAAGAUGAGAAGCCAGUCUCGCUAUCUCCCUACGAAGCCCCAGCGAACAGCCCACGGUACGUGUUCAACCAGAGAGAGCGGGAGUCCCUGGAAGUGCGGGUGCGAGAGGUAGAGGAGGAAAACCAGGCCCUUCGUAAGCAGCUCAGCCUGGCCCAAAGCCGGGUCCAUCACCAUAGGAACCAUUCCAAGAGUUAUUCCACGGAGGAAGGCACGGGGGACAACGAGGUGGUGCAUGCAUUGGCGUGGAAUAGUUCGGAAUGUGGCAAAAGGCCCACUGUGGAAAAGUGUGAGACAAUCCACAUUGCCAUUGUGUGUGCAGGAUACAAUGCAAGCCGCGAUGUUGUGACCCUUGUAAAGUCCGUUCUGUUUCACCGGCGAAACCCAUUGCACUUCCAUUUCAUCACCGACGCCAUUGCCAAGCAAAUCCUGGGCCAUCUCUUUGAGACGUGGAUGGUUCCUGCAGUGACAGUCAACUUUUAUGAUGCUGACGAAUUGAAGCCAGAAGUAUCAUGGAUUCCAAACAAGCAUUACUCAGGGAUAUACGGACUAAUGAAACUGGUUCUCACCAAGACUCUGCCUGCUUCCCUGGAACGGGUCAUUGUCCUCGAUACAGAUAUCACCUUUGCAACAGACAUCGCAGAACUUUGGGCUGUACUUCACAAGUUCAAAGGUCAGCAAGUUCUCGGACUGGUGGAGAACCAGAGUGAUUGGUACCUUGGGAACUUGUGGAAGAACCACAGGCCUUGGCCAGCGCUCAGUCGAGGAUACAACACUGGUGUGAUUUUGUUGCUGCUGGACAAAUUGCGGAAAAUGAAAUGGGAGCAGAUGUGGCGUUUGACUGCGGAGCGGGAACUGAUGAACAUGUUGUCCACUUCACUGGCUGAUCAGGAUAUUUUUAAUGCCGUCAUUAAGCAGAACCCAAUCCUAGUGUACCAGCUUCCGUGUUUCUGGAACGUUCAGCUGUCGGAUCACACGCGCUCUGAGCAGUGCUACAAGGAUGUGUCAGACCUCAAGGUGAUCCACUGGAAUUCUCCCAAGAAACUGCGGGUGAAGAACAAGCACGUGGAGUUUUUCCGGAACCUGUAUCUGACGUUUCUGGAGUAUGAUGGAAAUCUCCUCCGUCGCGAGCUGUUUGGCUGCCCCAGUGAGGUAGACAAGAACAGUCAAAAUCUUCAGAAACAGUUACUGGAACUGGAUGAGGAUGACCCUUGCUACGAAUUUCGAAGGGAGCGAUUCACUGUUCAUCGCACUCAUCUCUACUUCUUGCACUAUGAGUUUGAGCUAUCUGCUGAAAACACUGAGGUUACCCUGGUAGCCCAGCUCUCAAUGGACAGGCUGCAGAUGUUGGAGGCUAUCUGCAAGCACUGGGAGGGCCCCAUUAGCCUUGCCCUCUACCUGUCCGAUGCUGAGGCCCAACAGUUCCUCCGUUACGCCCAGGGAUCUGAGGUUCUGAUGAGCAGGAGCAACGUUGGUUACCACAUCGUCUACAAGGAAGGACAGUUCUAUCCUGUCAACCUGCUGCGGAACAUCGCCAUGAAACAUGUUAACACACCCUACAUGUUCCUGUCCGACAUUGACUUCCUCCCUAUGUAUGGUCUCUAUGAGUACCUGAGGAAAUCAGUUCUGCAGCUGGAUAUGGCCAACACAAAGAAGGCUCUGAUAGUGCCAGCAUUUGAAACUCUCCGCUAUCGUCUGUCCUUCCCGAAAUCUAAAGCGGAGUUAUUGUCCAUGUUAGACAUGGGAACGCUCUUCACUUUUCGGUAUCAUGUUUGGACCAAGGGUCACGCUCCAACAAACUUUGCCAAAUGGCGGACUGCCACCACGCCCUAUCACGUGAACUGGCAGGUAGACUUCGAGCCUUAUGUUGUAGUAAGGCGCGAUUGCCCAGAAUACGACAGGAGAUUUGUCGGGUUCGGCUGGAAUAAAGUAGCACAUGUCAUGGAGCUGGACGCACAGGAAUAUGAGUUUAUCGUCCUCCCCAACGCCUACAUGAUUCACAUGCCUCACGCCCCCAGCUUUGACAUCACCAAAUUCCGAUCCAACAAGCAAUAUCGAAUCUGCCUGAAGACGCUGAAGGAGGAGUUUCAGCAAGACAUGUCUCGCCGCUACGGGUUUGCAGCUCUCAAGUACCUGACUGCUGAAAACAAUAGCUGAGAGAGACGACUCCCCCUCCCCACCCCCCCCCCCCCCCCCCCCCCAGGCCGUCCUCAGCCGACUUCACUUGAACACACUGCUGCGAGGAGCGAAAUGGGGUGGGGUGCCGUGUGUGCAGCCUUUCGCGCAAAAACCAAAACCAAAAUUCCACGUGCGUGCCCACCGACUGUCUGUCAGGAUUUGGGCGGAAGAGUCGUGCUUACAAGAGUUUACUUUGAGUCCUCCGAGGCGCUGUUAAAAUAUUCCUGCCGUUCGCUAUUUAAGGCCUCCAAACUGUUCCUCCCCAGCGCCCCCCCACCUUAUUGUCUUGCCCUUUGAGGGAGGUCCCUGUUGGCCGUCGAGCCUUCCUCAGAUGGAGUGCCCCACAACAUUGCUCCCCUUGAUUAUUCAGAGGGUCUCCGCCCUUUCGGGUGCACAACACAGUCACACUAGCGAACGUGAAGGUUAACCAGAACAAGAGGAGGGGUGGGGGGGGCGCAGCAGAGAGCCCCUGGGAACAGCAGUGCCGUUCCUGUUGUUGGUGGAACCUAGCAACCGGCUUCGCCAAACUACUCCAUGUUGGUCCCCCGCCCCCUCCCCCUCCCCCGGACCGUCCUUUGUCACAGUUAGGGGAUUCCGCCACUGUCCCGACAUCCCAGCUGCUUGCGGCAAAUUCAAGGGUCAAAGCCCCUUGCUGGCAAAAGAAAAAUCGACCCUCUCCUGAGGCAGUAAGCAGUCUAAACCCUGCUCUGUCCCAAACGUCCUUUGUGAUUGGUCAGAGAUGAGUGAAAAAAUACUGAGCGUGCUGGAGCUCUGAGACGAACACAGAAAAGUCUGGAAAAGUUGAUCUGGUGGCGGCAGUGGAGGAAGAAGCAGAGUGUACCCUUUCGAAGUGAGUUGUCUGGGGAGAAUCAGAUUGUGGAGGGUGGGGGUACUUCAUGGUGGCUAUUUCCCACGCUGAGAGGAAGACGCGCUACAAAGUUUGGACCCUUGGCCAUUACACUGGAGCUUGAGUGUCUCAAGGAAACGGCCGUUGUCGCUUGGGUUGGGAUAAGCUGAGAUUGAGCUGAUUCCAAUGGCCGAGUUUGGUUUGGGGAUUCAUGCGUAACAAUAACAAGGCCGUGAAAGUUUGUCAACUUCUGUGAAAGGAAACAAAGCAGAUCCUACCAGAGAAUCAUAUCAAAAUCAAAAAUCUCAUCAAAAGAAAGGGUUGCCCUUAUAACCGAGUCACUAGAGGGCGAGAAACAUUGAGUUCACUUGGGGGGUGAAUUGGAAUCAAAUAAAUUAGUCGGGUUUGUUUUUGUAACUGGAGGACAUUGUUGCUUGUUCUUGGUAACAAAAGCCUCCAUCGUGGGCCCUUUGACCAAAUUGGUGAAAAACAUUAUUUGCUUAAAUUCUUACAUUUGAUGGAUCUGAAGGACAAGAUUUCUGUGCUCCACACACCUUCAGAGCCAUUCCUUUAAAACCCAGUGAGACUAAUGCCAAAAUGUUUCUACAUUUCCCAGGAUACAGUCAGGGUGGGGUGGUUCUUUAGCAGCCAUCGAACUGAAACCGCGAAAGACGCAGAGCUCUGCUUGAUGUUCAAGUCAAGAUCAAGCCAAGGAUCAAAACAAAAUACAGAGCUGCACAACAUUUUUGACAAAUAGUUGAGAAAUUCAGUUAAAUUUCCCCAAAGUAUGAACUUGUCACCUUCUCUGCACAAACAUGCAGGGAUUAUUUCAUUGAGGCAAGGCUGGGACAGGAUCUCUGGAGGUGGAUUGAGAUCAACUAGUGGGAAGGGUUGCUAGUAAAAAGGGAUGAUUGAGCUGGGACAUUAGGAUAAUGUAAGAAGCCCAUUGGACUGUAGCAAUGUCAAGAAGGUAUGAUUCAAGGGAUUAAGGUUGAAGCACCUUCUUUGUCCAAGACUAACUUCAAGAUCUCUGCUCUAACUGAGGGAGAAUUUUAUAAUAGUGCAAACUGCGUUUGAUGUAUUGAGGGGAAUAAAAGUGAGUUCAGUCACCUCCCUGGCCAACUUUCAGUCCCACAUGCCAGUGAGUCUCUGCGCAGUUUCAAUGUGUCCUUUCCCCGUGACAACUGACGCUUGCGUAUCGAUCCAUUUCUGUUGAAGCCAUCCAGUUCGAAAAACACAUCAAAGUUUAGUUUCCAUGUGCCCUUAUUGAAGCCUUGUCAUAUUUUGGAAAGUGCUGAGGUACAUCAGACGAUGUGGAGUUUGGCACGAGGUCCUCGCCCUGUCCAACAAUGGAUAAAUGACAAUGAAACCGAUUGGUAUGAUGACUGGCUGACAAAAAGAGAAAUCAAUCCUUUCUUGGUAUCCCACAAAAUAAUCUGACCUCUUUUCAGUAGAAAAUGUAAAUGCACCCUUCUGUAAAUUUAUUUGGUCCUCAGGGAGAGUGUGAUGGAUGAACUGUAGACUAAUAUAAGCCUCAGGUUGCAUUGAUCAGAGCACAGCAUUGCAUUGGACUGGACAAUCACAGGACUGUGAACUAUUUGGAGCACCGUUGGAGCCUGAGAAUUACUGGAACUCAAUUGGACAUGGUGAAGGAUCCUUGAACCUUUGAGAAUCCAAUUGGAGGGUUCUUUGGAGGGUAUGAUGUACUGUUCAAAUGAUUCAAUCGUUAAGGCUGUUAAUGUUAUUCAACCCUCUGUGGCACUGUUGGACUCUGAAUUCUCAUGGCCGGCUGCAGGAUUAUUUAGAAAGCGGAUUCUUUGGCCUGGUUAAUACGCUGUUGGGUCAUCUUCAGUUAUAUGGAAUGUUACUGGUUCAAAUAUGCCAUCAUUGGGAUUUGGACAAUAGUUUUCACCACAGAGCUUUUGAACUGUAAGCCUGGAAAUUUCAUGGAGUGGUAAGAGUACUUUUUAACAAUUGCCAGAACUGUUGGAGCAUUUGGAGUACUGCUGGACUGUUUAUAGAGCUACUGGAGAUAAGCUGGGCCCUAAGAGCACUAAUGGAGGAGUUCGAACUACUCAGAGUACGACAAGAAAGCUGGCUCCUUGGUGGAAGAUAUUUGUCAGAUGGUACUACAAAUAAUAACACUAUUAGAGGAGAGUUGGACAGGAGGCAGUGCCAUUGGAGAAUAGUCAAAGGCAGUGAGGAACACCAUUGGCGGAGGGUCAGACACCACGGUACCCCAUUGGAAGACAGUCGGACAGCAAGGUACCCCUUGGAGGAAAGUCAGACAACAAGGUGCCCCAUUGGAGGACAGUCAGACAACAAAGUGCCCCAUUGGAGGACAGUCAGACAGCAAGGUGCCCCAUUGGAGGACAGUCAGACAGCAAGGUGCCCCAUUGGAAGACAGGCAGCUAAUAUUACAUUGGAAGAUAGUCAGACAGCAAGGGACACCAUUGAAGAAUGGUCAGACAGCUAGGAGCCCCAUUGGUGGACAGUCAGUCAGCAAGGUGCCUGAUUGGAGGAUAGUCAGACAGCAUGGUGCCCCAUCAGAGGACAGGUAGCUGGUAUGACUUUAGAGGAUAGUCAAAGAAGGUCUUGCACCAUUGGAGAAGGGUCAAACAGCUAGGAGUACCCACAGAGAGGGGAGGGGGUGAGGUCAGACAGCUAGGAGCACCAUUGGUGGAUGGUCAGAUAGCUAGGCGUACCAUUGGUGGACAGUCAGACAAGACUGUGCCCCAUUGGUUGACAGACAGCAUGGUGCCCCAUUGGUUGACAGUCAGACAGGACGGUGCCCCAUUGGUGGACAGUUGGACAGGACGGUGCCCCAUUGGAGGACAGCCAAAGGCCUGCAGGACUGGUGGGCUGUUUCUAAUCAUUGUACAACAAAUUUCACUCUUUACCACAAUGGGCAGGAUGACUGUUGAGAAAAAUGGUCAAUCAGCACAAAGCAGAACUGUCUUCUGACUUUGGCAUUGUGCAAGUGACAGAAUAAUAAAUAAAAAUAUUUUUAAAAAUCCA